AUGCUGAGCUUGGAGGAGCAGGUUGGCCAUGCUGAGACCGUUCUUAUACUCCAACGUCAAGCUCCCGUUCUCAACAAGAUGCUGACUUCCGCAUCGGGUCAAUGGCAGGGACUGGUUUAGAUGUGCUGUAUAAGUGGCCCUACCUCGGUGAGCUACGCGAUCAAGGUCCGACAUCCACCCAAUCGCAUGGAAUGCUCGGUGCUAUUCUCUCAGAGUUCCACGCGUAUGCCAUGCCUCGGUGCAACGUCGAAACCCUUAGGCUCGGCCGUUGUCGAUCUUGCCCCCGGGGCCGCCACUACCCGUCUAGGGCAGUUGUUUCGUCUGCCAAGAGCCUGCCUGCGGGGAGAGGCUGUUUAACGCUAAGCGAGGACCUGGAGAAGCACCGAUGUGUUGCCGUCGUUGUGGGGGGGAUUCGACGUCACACGGCUGCACCCCGGAUCAUCUCCAAUGACUUGCAGCGCGGGGAGGGAUUUAGGCAUGGCCAAACGAUCGCUGAGGUUCCGGAGAGCGACUGUUUCCCAGGGAACAAGGACUGUACGGAGUACCGAGGCAACAUUAAAAAACACCACAUACAGAGGGGAAAUCGAGUAUCGGCGCUCAGCGGGCGUGAUUGAUGCUUGAAAGUGAACGGUUGCAGGCGGUCGCAUUCUAUGUCUAGUAUGUCGGAUGAUGGCGGGA